GCUUCAAGACCAAAAUAGACAGUUGAGGGCAGUGCAGCUGCGAUAAACCAGAAAUGGCUUCCACCGGAGUUCUUCCCUUUAUUAGGGGGGUAGACCUCAGUGGAAACGACUUCAAAGGUGGGUACUUCCCAGAGCAUGUCAAGUGUAUGAGCAGUCUGCGAUGGCUGAAACUGAACAGGACCGGACUGUGCUACCUCCCAGAGGAGCUGGCCUCUCUGCAGAAGCUGGAGCAUCUUUCAGUGAGUCACAACAGCCUGACUACUUUACACGGAGAACUGUCCAGCUUACCAAACCUACGGGCGGUUGUAGCCAGGGCCAACAACUUGAAAAACUCUGGAGUCCCCGAUGACAUCUUUCAGCUCGAUGACCUCUCUGUGCUGGACCUGAGUUUCAACCAACUGUCAGAGAUCCCCAGGGACCUGGAGAACAGCAGGAACAUGCUGGUGCUGAAUCUGAGCCACAACAGUAUCGACUCCAUCCCCAACCAGCUGUUCAUCAACCUGACAGACCUGCUAUAUCUGGACCUGAGUGACAACAAGCUGGACAGCCUGCCACCGCAGAUGAGACGCCUGGUUCACCUGCAGACACUCACACUGAACAACAACCCGUUGAUGCAUGCCCAGUUGCGCCAGCUGCCAGCCAUGGUGGCAUUACAGACUCUCCACCUGAGGAACACCCAGAGGACCCAGAGCAACAUGCCCACCAGCUUGGAGGGUCUGACGCAUUUAGCAGAUGUUGACCUGUCAUGUAACGACCUGACUCGGGUGCCAGAGUGCCUCUAUUCACUGGGCAGUUUGAAGAGACUCAACCUAAGCAGUAAUCAGAUCUCAGAACUGUCCCUCUGCAUUGACCAGUGGACUCAGCUGGAAACGCUUAACCUGAGCCGCAACCAGCUCACCUCAUUGCCAUCUGCAAUCUGUAAGCUGUCCAAACUCAAGAAGCUGUACGUAAACUCCAACAAACUGGACUUUGAUGGGGUUCCACCAGGCAUGGGCAAAUUGUCCAGCCUCACUGAGUUCAUGGCCGCUAACAACAACCUGGAACUCAUCCCAGAGGGACUAUGCAGAUGUGGCAAGCUGAAGAAGCUGGUGCUGAAUAAAAACCGCCUGGUAACACUGCCUGAGGCCAUCCACUUCUUGACUGACUUAGAGAUGCUGGAUGUGCGUGAGAACCCCAACCUGGUGAUGCCUCCUAAACCAGCCGACACCGCAGCAGAGUGGUACAACAUCGACUUCUCCCUGCAGAAUCAGCUCCGGCUGGCCGGGGCGUCGCCUGCUACUGUUGCCGCUGCUGGAGGAGGAGCCAGCCCCCGAGACCCCCUGGCGAGGAAGAUGAGGCUCCGGAGGAGGAAGGACUGUUCUCAAGACGAUCAGGCAAAGCAGGUGCUGAAGGGCAUGAGUGAUGUCGCACACGACAAGAGCAACUUGGAGGAAAACGGGGACUUGAAAUAUGCUGAUUUAAAGGUCCGGCGCUGGGACAAGAGUAUAGAGAAACCUCAACUGGACUACUCUGAGUUCUAUACGGAAGAUACAGGGCAGGUACCAGGUGUCUCAGUGUGGCAGAUAGAGAACUUUGUUCCAAUACUAGUGGAUGAAACUUUCCAUGGCAAAUUCUAUGAGGCUGAUUGCUACAUCAUCCUCAAGACCUUCCUGGAUGACAAUGGCGCAUUGAACUGGCAGAUCUUCUACUGGAUCGGUCAAGAGGCCACUCUGGACAAGAAGGCCGGCUCUGCUAUCCAUGCCGUCAACCUCAGAAAUUUCCUUGGGGCAGAGUGCAGGACAAUACGCGAAGAGAUGGGAGACGAGAGCGAGGAGUUCAGUGCCGUGUUUAACAAUGAGAUCUCCUACAUUGAGGGAGGAACAUCCAGCGGAUUUUACACUGUGGAGGACACAAACUAUCCUGUCAGGUUGUACAGAAUUUAUGGCAAGAAAAACAUCCGACUGGAGUCUGUACCAGUGAAGGCCUCGUCCCUCGACCCUCGGUAUGUCUUCUUGAUGGACACAGGGCCGGAGAUCUUUAUCUGGAGAGGAGCCAACGCUACUCUCAGCAGCACAACAAAGGCCAGGUUAUUUGCAGAAAAGAUCAAUAAAAAUGAGCGUAAGGGGAAGGCUGAGAUUGCAACCCUCAUGCAGAACCAGGAGCCUCCGGGGUUCUGGGAGGUACUGGGAGGACAACCGGAGGAGAUCAAGAAACACGUACCAGAUGACUUCUCUCCUGUCAGACCUAAACUAUACAAGGUGGGCUUGGGUCUGGGCUACCUGGAGCUGCCACAGAUUAACUACAAGCUGUCAGUUGAACACAAAGACCACAAGGUCAAACUGGACACUUUGCCUGAGAUGAGACUGGUGCAGUCUCUGCUGGACACAAAGUGUGUGUACAUCCUCGACUGCUGGUCUGACGUGUUCAUCUGGAUCGGGAGGAAGUCCCCACGCCUUGUCCGAGCUGCUGCCUUAAAACUGGGUCAGGAGAUCUGCUCCAUGCUGCACCGGCCCAAACAUGCCUGCGUCACCCGCAACCUGGAGGGCACCGAGUGCCAGGUGUUUAAAUCCAAGUUUAAGAACUGGGAUGAUGUGUUGAAGGUGGACUACACCAGAGCAGCUGAGACUGUACAACAGAAGGACAACCUGCAGGGCAAGGUGAAGAAGGAUGCAGAGCAGAAAGACAAGAUGAAAGCUGACCUCACAGCCCUCUUCCUGCCCAGGCAGCCAGCCAUGCCCCUAACUGAGGCUGAACAGCUGAUGGAUGAGUGGAAUGAGGACCUGGAUGGCAUGGAGGGAUUUGUGUUGGAAGGAAAGAAGUUUGCUCGCCUGCCUGAGGAGGAGUUUGGGCACUUCCACACCCAGGAUUGCUAUGUCUUCCUCUGCAGAUACUGGGUACCUGUGGAGUAUGAAGAGGAGGAGAAGGAUAAGAAGGAGGGGGGAAGUGGUGAAGGAGGAGAAAAGAGUGCAGCAGCAGAGGAGGAGGAGGACAAACAGCCCGAGGAGGACUUCCAGUGUGUAGUGUACUUCUGGCAGGGCAGGCAGGCCUCCAACAUGGGCUGGCUCACUUUCACCUUCUCCCUGCAGAAGAAGUUUGAGAGUCUUUUCCCUGGAAAACUGAAGGUGGUGCGUAUGACCCAGCAGCAGGAGAACCUCAAGUUCCUCUCCCAUUUCAAAAGGAAGUUCAUCAUCCACAAAGGGAAGAGGAAACAGAAGACGGACUCUGCUCAGCCCUCCCUCUACCACAUACGCACCAAUGGCAGCGCACUUUGCACCAGGACAAUCCAGAUUGGAACAGAUUCCAGCAAUCUCAACUCAGAGUUUUGCUUCAUUCUCAAGGUACCGUUUGAGAGCACAGACAAUCAGGGCAUCGUUUACACCUGGGUGGGCAGAGCCGCGGACCCCGACGAAGCCAAACUGGCCGAGGACAUCAUGAACAAUAUGUUCGAUGACACGUACAGCAAGCAGGUAAUCAAUGAGGGGGAGGAGCCAGAGAACUUCUUCUGGGUGGGGAUUGGUUCUCAGAAGGAGUACGAUGAAGAUGCAGAUUACAUGAAACAUGCUCGGCUCUUCAGGUGUUCGAACGAGAAGGGUUAUUUCUCCGUGUCCGAGAAGUGCUCAGACUUCUGUCAGGACGACUUGGCCGAUGAUGACAUCAUGCUGCUGGACAACGGCAAAGAGGUGUACAUGUGGGUCGGUAAUCAGACCAGCCAGGUGGAGAUCAAACUGAGUCUCAAAGCCUGCCAGGUUUACAUCCAGCACAUGCGCUCCAAGGACGCUGCACAGCCCAGAAAGCUGCGACUGGUGCGGAAGGGGAACGAGCCCCACUGCUUCUCGCGCUGCUUCCACGCCUGGGGAGCUUUCAAAACUACCCUCGCAUAGACACACAUGUCAUCUUCUACUAGUAAGAGGAGGAUGAUGAUGUCUAUGCUCGGCGCUGCUGCUCAACAGCCUCUUCACAGGUUAAUGUCAGAUUCUGCCUGCAAAAACAGAUUAUUCAGCACAACAUCCCCAUCGGUGAGGUUCUUCUGCUCAAGAAGCUGUUGACUGUUUCCUGUCUUUUAGAGAAAUGGUUAAAUAUCACUUUUUUUUCUACGAGCUUUUUUAGCAAUAAGUCUGAAUACUGUUGUUAAAUGAAAGAAGAGAAUUAUGUUUUGAGACAAAAUUGGUCUAAGGUGUACAGAGGCUUUAUAAAAACCCAAAGGGAGGGUAAUGCCCUAACAUAUCAAUCUAUUCUGCUGCUUUCACGUGGCUUGUGCUGCAUGUUCAAUAGUUGUUUUUUUCCGUGGAGGGUUGAGUGCACAAAACUGCAGGAGUCACUCCAUGCUUGGUGCCAUUUUACGCAGCUUAUUUGAAGCAGUUUAGGACAGAUAAAAGGUGAUUUUACAGUUUGUAUUGUUUUUUAAUGAUCAUUAAGGGACUGAAUAAAAAAAAAGCACUAUAAUUUUUGGAGGAAUAUUGGUUUAUACGUACAUUUCUUUUGUUUUUUGUGCGAACUAUACAUAGUAUGAUUGUGUGUGGGCCCCAUGCGCCUUCAAUAAAAUGGGGACGGCCCCUAUCCACAGAGUCUGAUUGGUCACUCUUCUCACCUCCUCUAACUUGUCCACAGAUGUAAGUGCAAAGUAAAACCUUUUUGUUGAAAGAUGUGUUGGACAGUCAAUUGUUAAACACUUCAAUUUAUUUGGCCAAAGAAAUCUCCGUGUCCAAGUUAUAGCGUGAGACAGAGCCUUGUGUUAUGUUUAAGGACAGAUGUUUAAAUGUGCAAUCAGUGGCGCCCGGGAGAUACUGAAACUAAAUAAAACUGUAUUCUUGAAUGUUACAGACUGCAUUCAACUUGUCAAAAUGUUUAAUAUUAUCUUGCUUGUGUGGAGCUGAGGGGACAAGAACAGAGGAAGAGUUUCUUUCCAAAAUGUAUUUAGUGUAAUCAUUUUUGAAAAAGUAAAUGCAUCAUGUUUAAAAUUCUACCGGUUUAGAAAUUAGACAUUUUAGUCAGACAUUGAAUUUAAAGUGUUGCUUUCUUUUUCAAAUAUGUUUCUCAUUUUGGAACGUUUUAUUCAAUGGGAGAUUCUUUGCAACAUUUGAGAGACAUAUCUUAAUAAAUACAGUGAUUUUUGGUUUGCUGUAUGGUUAACGGAUCAGUUUUAACAGAACUGCUGCAGUGCUCCUUAUGAGACGUGUAGUGUGCAGACAUUGGUCCAUGCAAGAUCUAUUUAUGUACCGUGUUCUCAAAUGGUUGCAACUACCAUCAUUUUGUUUCUUUAUACUUUGUAUGGGGUGAAUUGUAUGCCUGGUAGUGUGUUUGAGUCCUACACAUAUAUGAAUGUGUGUAUAUGAAUAUGUGCACAUGCUCCUGAUGCCACCUGCAGAUGCUUUAUUUAUGUAUUUUAUAUUAAAAUAAAAUCUCACAUCACA